AUGCCUGCGAAAUCUAGGUUUACAAGGCUAGAUGCCUUUACAAAAACAGUCGAUGAAGCAAGAGUGCGCACCACUUCGGGGGGGAUCGUUACGAUAGCUUCAUUGCUUAUCGUCUUAUAUUUGGCCUUUGGAGAAUGGGCGGAUUACAGGAGGAUAACAGUACAUCCUGAGCUUGUGGUUGAUAAGGGAAGAGGUGAAAAGAUGGAAAUUCAUUUAAACAUUACUUUCCCAAGGAUUCCUUGCGAACUUCUGACGCUGGACGUGAUGGAUGUUUCCGGAGAACAGCAAGUAGGUGUUAUGCAUGGAGUUAAGAAGGUUCGUUUGACUGCGGCUGAAGAAGGAGGUAGAGUCAUUGAUACCACUGCCUUGGACCUUCAUAAUGCCGACGAAGCAGCGACUCAUCUCGAUCCUGAAUAUUGCGGUGGUUGCUAUGGUGCUACCCCUCCUCCAAAUGCGCAAAAGCAAGGCUGUUGUAAUACCUGUGACGAAGUACGAGAGGCAUAUGCGUCGGUUUCAUGGGCUUUCGGUCGAGGAGAGAAUGUAGAACAGUGUGAGCGUGAGCAUUAUGGCGAACGUUUGGAUGAACAACGUAAAGAAGGAUGUCGCAUUGAAGGAGGUCUUCGAGUAAACAAGGUCAUUGGAAAUUUCCAUAUUGCUCCUGGUCGCAGUUUCACCAAUGGAAAUAUGCACGUUCACGACCUCAACAAUUACUUCGAUACCCCAGUUCCUGGCGGCCACGUAUUUUCACACAUAAUUCAUUCCCUUCGAUUUGGACCAGAGCUUCCAGAAGAGGUUAUCAAGAAGCUGGGCUCAGAUUCUAUCAUUCCAUGGACCAAUCACCACUUAAACCCUCUCGACAACACAGAACAAAUCACACGCGAGGCUGCUUACAAUUUCAUGUAUUUUGUCAAGGUCGUCUCGACAUCUUACCUACCUCUUGGCUGGGAACACACCUACAACAGCGCACCGCAUGAUGCAAGUGUGGACAUUGGAACUUAUGGACACUCUGAAGAUGGAAGUAUCGAGACUCACCAGUAUUCCGUUACCAGCCAUCGCCGAAGUCUUAACGGUGGUGAUGAGUCUGCUGAAGGCCAUAAGGAAAAGUUACAUGCACGUGGUGGAAUUCCAGGUGUUUUCUUCUCCUAUGAUAUCUCACCAAUGAAGGUUAUCAACAAGGAAGAACGAACCAAAACACUAGCAGGCUUUUUGACAGGUCUUUGUGCAAUUGUAGGAGGUACAUUGACUGUAGCGGCAGCAGUAGAUCGUGGUGUAUAUGAAGGAGCAACUAGAUUGAGAAAAAUGCAAUCGAAAAAUCUGAAAAGGAGAGGAGAGAGGAGAGAGGAGAGAGGAGAGAGGAGAGAGGAGAGAGGAGAGAGGAGAGAGGAGAGUGGAGAGUGGAGAGUGGAGAGUGGAGAGAGGGGAAGAAGGAGGGGAGAGGGGGGAGGAAAGGGGAGGAGAAGGGAGAGGAGAUCUUAG